GAUUAAAGGUGUCGCCUGGUAUCGCUGUGGCCGACGUCGAAGAAGGGCUGGCAGGAGCAGAAGCGAAAACGAAGAGACAGAAGAAGCGCUCAUCACCAUCGCCGUCGCUGGUGACAACAAGGGUCAUUCAUUACCAUUCCUCUGAUAUACUAGCUAAUGUCUCCCAGAGUUUUACUCGUCAACGAUGACGGCCCUCCAGGUCCCCAAUCUCCAUACAUCUAUGGCCUUUAUCGACACCUCAUUACAAAUCUCAGAUGGGAUGUGAAAGUAGUCGUGCCAAGCUCCCAGAAAUCGUGGAUUGGCGAGUCUAAACAGUCCUGUCCGAGCUCUCGUGCUGACGCACCGCUUGCAGGGAAAGCGUUUCACAUUCAGGAAAUCACGAGAGGAAGAUAUUACUACCCGAAGGAACCCGACGGAAUGGGAGAGGUAUCGUCAGCUUCGCGUCCUUUAAGUGAGGGUGAAGUUGCCGAGUGGGUACUGCUGGAUGGUACCCCCGCGACCUGUACCAACAUCGCGCUUCAUAACCUUUAUCCCGGAACAAUCGAUCUUGUGAUCUCGGGACCAAACCUCGGCAGAAAUUCCUCUGCUGCUUUAGCCAUGUCUUCUGGAACCAUCGGUGCCGCAAUGUCGUCAGCGCUAUCGCAGAUUCGUUCCGUCGCGAUUUCAUACGGCACUGUUCUCCAUACCACCCCAAACGAACUUUUUGGACCCGCAAAUAUCCUUUCGGGGCAGAUCAUCCAAUACCUAUGGAACAAUUGGGGUAAAGACAUUGGUGGAAUACGCAACGGAGAAAUCGACAUGUAUAAUGUGAAUAUUCCCAUGAUAAUGGAACUGCUUAACCCCGAGGGCAUAGAUGUCCAUUGGACGCACAUGUGGCGUAACUCGUACGGGCGACUUUUUAAAGCAAUAUUGACUCCUGGAGCUAUGAGCACAACGAAGGUCGUCCCCAACAAGGGCCAGGACAUGGCGAGACAGUAUCCUGCACAACAAAGUGAACCCGGAGGCGAUGUAGAAGGCGAUGUAGAAGGCGAUGUAUCGAGAGAUGGACCUGCAACGCUAGUGUUUAAAUUCUCCCCUGAUUUCCAACCCCUUAUCACACCUUCGCUCGGUUCCCUCCCAGUUGGCUCGGAUGGUUGGGCCAUCGCUAAAGGGCAUGCGAGCAUUACUCCACUACGGGCGUGUUUUGCACAUGUAGAUCAUGACCCUGCGGCAAUAGGGCCAGAAUCUGUGAGGAUCUUAAAACUUUAGAGUACCUGCAGCCCUUUGAUAUCACUCAUAUAAUCAAUGCAAGCGAAUUAUAAGGCAAAUGUCAAGGGUGCAAGAUCUAUUAACAUGCCCUCGUAGUGUCACUAAUGUGUUCCUCUGAUCGUCCACAGUAGCUCGCCAUAUAAUAGUUUGCCAUGCCUCUGCUUGGACAGCCAGCAUCUCAAAGCGAGACAAGCACGUGUAAGAAUAUUACUGUAGAGAUAAUCCAACAAGUCUUCAGGUUCACGAUUGGAUGUGUUGGGGUUACGCUCGACGUGCUGCCAAUGUUCAACAAAGACUGCUUGUAGACACUAAGUGAGUUGAUGAUCCAAGAAGCGUUCUAUGUAAUCAGUUGAGAUAAAUUA